ACAUUGAUUGGGAAAGCAACCAACUAAAUAAAAACCAGAAUUUGAGUUGUUUAGAGUUAGUGAUCCCCAAAUGAAAGGUUGGAAACAAACUGAAGUCAAAAGAACUGCACCUGUGUGGAAGCUGGUUGUGCUGUAGAAUGGGCUUUCUCUAGUCCAUCCUUAGCUAGAAUGUUGGUGUUUAUUGUAUCAGGUUUGACGUUUUGUGUUGGGAUAAAUUAGAUAAAAAAUGUGAAAACAACAAAAUUAAAGUAGUUUCUAAGAUAGCCAAUUACAAAUAGAAAAUUGACUUUCAAAUAUGGAUUCCCAAGGAGGGCACCAUGAUCCUAUCAGGGAUAUUUUCUCGAAUCCCCGCCUUUGGACAAAUGGGAAUUCUCGUGAUAAGAUGGAGGCUAUGUCAAAACUUGAUUCCAUAUUAUAUAAUACAAUAAACACCAUGGUUAAGAAUGAGCCACCAAGUUCUAAUGAAAGUAUGUAUAAUCCACAGUCUUUUAGCCUACCACCAGGUAGAGCAAACCCAUAUUUAUUGAAUUCACCGGCAAGAAACUCAAAUGACCUUCUGAAAGCACCUUAUGCUAAAGAAGAUGAAAGUCUGCAAAUUGAUGCCAAUCAUUUCACAACAAAUGACAUCAUGUCCAGCUCUUCAAGGAGAAGUCUUGCAUUUAAGAAAAAGUCCAGUCUUCCAAAGGAAGUUCAUAAUGACAUGGAUGCCAUGUUUGAUGAAUAUGGGAAGAAUGCAGAACGUGGACAAUCAGAGCCCUAUUUGCUGGACCAACAACUGUCAGAGAUUCAGGAACAAUGUCCUGAUGAGAAUCCCUUCCAUCUCGCCAAAAAUUCCAAUCUGGAGGAUGCACAUAAAAUGCAAAUUUAUACAACAUAUUCAGGCAACAGUAUGUUUAUUGAAUUGGGAAAUCAUUCAAGUACUGUACACACUGAGGCUAAAGAUGCAGGUUUACAAGAUACUGAAACAUACGAUCCAAAUAGUCUUAGCUCUGUUCUAGUGGACACUGAAUAUGGAGGCAAGCAAAGUGAAAGAAAUCAAAUGGACUUAAGAAAUGAAAAUGCAAUAACUGAUGAACAGAACCGCCUGAAGCCAGUGAAAGGCACAAGGAAAUAUUUUAUCAAAAUUAUUAAUGGAAAGAAGUUUCAUGAGUGUUCAAUGUGCACUAAACUCUUCAGGACCAGAGCAGAGAGAAAAGCUCACAACAAGAUGCACAAAGAAACUAUUAUGGAUGUUGAUGUUAAGAUAAUUGAUGGCAAGAAAUGGCGGGAAUGCUCAGAGUGUUUUAAGCUUUUUAAGACACGCAAAGAGUUACGUAUUCAUUUUCGCAUUCAUUCCAAUGAAAAACCAUAUUCCUGUGAAGUAUGUGGCAAAGCUUUUAAGCAAAUUGCUCAUAUGAAUUCUCAUAUGAAAAUCCACUCUGGAGAGAAACCACACACCUGUGAUCUAUGUGGUAUGAAUUUCAGUGAACGGUCAAGUCUUAAGCGUCAUAUCCGUCGACACUUAGGGAUACGCCCAUUUCAAUGUGAAAUAUGUGAGAAGACGUUUUAUACAAGCACUACAUUAAAAUCUCACAAAGAAUCUCAUGAAAUUCGUUUUGGAACUAAAGAACGUUACAAUUGUUCCAUUUGUAAAAAGAGUUACUCUAGGAAGGAAACUUUGAAUAAGCACAUGAAGACUCAUGAUCCAGAACAAAGGAUAACAUGUGAACAAUGUGGGUGCUACUUUCUGACCAAAGCUCACCUAAAGCGACAUCAGUUGACACAUAAAGUAACUGAAGACACAAAUCAAGAUUACAAGAAGUUCUUUUGUGGUGUUUGCGAGAAGAAAUUUUCCACUGAUUGUCUCCUUAAAUCACACAUGAUAACUCACAAAUCCGAGAGGGAUUUCAUGUGUGAUAAAUGCACUUGUACAUUCAAAGACAAGUAUGCUCUCCAAAGACAUAGUCUUGUGCAUAAUCCUGUAGAGCGGGAGAAGAAAGCCUCACAUUUGUGUGAACAGUGCGGCAAGAAGUUUUUGUCUUGUAGCAGUUUACGUUAUCAUCUGACAACUCACAUGAACAGCAAACCUUUUUCUUGUGAGGUGUGCAGCAGGACCUUUUCUCGACAAAGGGAUAUGAUAAAACAUGCCACCAUUCAUGAAACUGAUACUGAUUUCAAAUGUCCAGAAUGUGAUGAAACAUUCCAGUUAAGGAAACAAUUGCUAUUACAUAUUUCAAGACAUCAUCCCGAGGAAGAAAAGAUACACCAAUGCAAGAUAUGUUUGAAAAUUUUUAGUCGAGAUGAUACAUUGAAAUGUCACAUGAAGAGACACGAAGGAACUGCUUAUCAGUGUAACAAAUGUGACAAGAUAUUUGACAGGAAAUCCAACCUUAAAGUGCAUGAGCUUACCCAUGUCAUGACCAGUGAUAUUCAGUGUCCGUACUGUCCAAUGAAAGUUAGAUACAAAAGAAGUCUGGUCAGACAUAUUUCCAGGAGGCAUAAAAAUGUGGUCCAAGAUGAAUCUCCAUUGCAAAGCAGUUUGUCAAAGGCAAAUUCUGAGCACCAAAGUUCUUCAGUAGAUGAAGAAGAGAAAAAUUCCUUAAAUGAGUACUAUAGUGAAGCAAAUACAACACUCUCUAUUGAGACUGAUGAUGUCUCAAAUGAUGAAAACAGUACAUAUUUAUCUCAGUAUGAAUAUACUGCAGAUGAUGAUGAUUCAUUUCUUGAGCAAGAUUCUCCAUCUGAUGGGCCCAAAUAUGCUACUGACAAUGAAAAAAGUUAUUCAGGUAGUGUGGUUCAAAUUGAUGGACCUUCCACACCUCUGUCACUUGAUAGGAAACCAGAAGAGGGUAUUCAUUCAGGCAGUGAUUUAGUAGCAAUGCAAGACACACCAAAAUUUACACAUGUGAAGGAAGAGAGUAACUCAUCAACAGAUGAGUACUCAGACUAUUAAUACGAUGAAACCUUAAACACUGAAUAAAAAGUAACUAUGAUGUUAAAUAUGUAGCCCAAUUUACAUUAAUCAUGUUAAUUGAUAUCAAUAUUUAUUUCAUCUUGGUUUAUUUAAAUAAAAUUAAUAUUAGACAUACCUUCUCUGUG